AUGGUGCCGCCCACCAACCGACAAGAGAUCCUGCACAAGCUGCGUGAGCAGAUCGCAGCAGGCCAUGCAGUAGUCGGAGGAGGCGCAGGGAUCGGACUCAGCGCCAAGUUUGCAGAGGCUGGCGGGCUGGACAUGAUCAUUAUCUACAAUUCUGGGAGGUACCGCAUGGCUGGUCAUGGAUCUUUGGCUGGGCUGAUGCCAUAUGGAAAUGCAAAUGGUACGUGUAACCCAGAAGCCAGUGAGGUUCUCCCCGUGGUAAAGCACACGCCUGUGCUCGCUGGAGUCUGCGCUACAGAUCCCUUUCGGGACAUACCUGCGUUCCUGCGACAGCUCCAGGAGCUCGGCUUCGCAGGCGUGCAGAACUUCCCGACGGUGGGACUGAUCGACGGCCAAUUCCGGGCCAACCUAGAGGAGACAGGAAUGUCGUUCGACAAGGAGGUAGAGAUGGUCAGGCUGGCGCAUGAGCGGGACAUGCUGACCACGCCGUACGUGUUCACGGCAGAGGAGACCAGGAAAAUGGCGGAGGCGGGCGCAGACGUGCUGGUAUGCCACAUGGGGCUCACCACCAGCGGGUCAAUCGGGGCGACGAGCGGCAAGAGCCUGGACGACUGCGUGCAGCUGAUCCAGGAGCUGCGCGAUGUGGCCGUCGAGGUCAACCCAGAGGUAAUUGUGCUGUGCCAUGGAGGGCCGAUCGCGAGUCCAUCGGACGCGCGCUAUGUGCUGGACAGGGUGAAGGGAGUCCACGGCUUCUAUGGAGCGUCGAGCAUGGAGAGGCUGCCUGUGGAAGAGGCUAUCGCCAAUACGGCCAAGACUUUCAAGGCUUUGGAGCUGAAGUCGUAAGCAUGACUGAGAUGAAGUCUACUGAUGGUGGUGGUGGUGGGUGAUGAUGAGGGUUAUUAUAGUGAGAGGAGAAAGACGAGGAAGAGGGUACGAAACUUCAAAGAAGUCCCAUUGACCUAGAUCAUGAGCGCAAGUUACUAGUUGCAACAUGUACUUGCUACUCCACAGCCCAUCAACCACUAAUGAUAUCAAAUCCGACCUGUCUGCUUGGGCAGGACCUGCUGGG